AUGGCACACGUAAGAGGAAACACUGCGUUACCGACCAGUCAGUGCCCCCAAGCAGAGCCGCGCUGCCCGCUUCCCUCCGCCGGCUACCCAGCAGCCCACCCCCCCCACUGCCUUUCCCUCUCCACACCUGGGGUGACCUCAAACCCCCCUGAAGCCCCACGCGAAGCCCCAGUCCGCCCGCCCGACUCACCGCGCCGCCAGGCCCCGUCCUUACACCGCAGCCCCUCCCACCUCCUGUACCCCCCCUAUGGGCGCCACCAUCUUGCCCGCGAUCACGUGAGCGGCGUUUUCAAGAGACCGUCUCUGAUUGGGGCGUUCCCCGGGCGGCGCAGCACGGCGGCAUCCGAUUGGCUGCUUCGUGUGGCGGGCGGGGGGUCAGCGGCCGGCCCGGCGCGCGUUGCUAGGGGCGGCGGAUGGCGGCGGCGGUGGCGGCGGUUCCUCCAUGGAGACGGGGCUGAGCGGGACCCGGCAGCCGGCGGCCCAGACGCGGGGACUCCCCCUAGCGGAGCGCGGAGCCUUCCAUGGGGGGAGGUCGAGUUCUCGGGAAAAAGGGAGAGAGAGGGAGAGAGGCUCACGUCGAUGCCGACCAGCUGCGCUUCUGAGUGGGAAACUCUGGACUGAUCUAAUGGCUGGCUCUUUCUUUCAGUGAUCCUUCAUUAUCUCUGAAAAUGAACCUUUUCUGAAGCUCUUCUCCUCAUUCUCCUUAUCCCUCUUUGGCGGGGCAGCUGCUGUGCGAAGGAAGAAAUGGCACGAAGUAAAUGACUCCGGUACAAAGCGAUCUGCUUUGCCAAUGUGCCCAGUGAGCAGCACUGUCACUUUAAUAAUUCCAGGUCGAGGGAUUGCUUUCCUCCUUUUCAAUCCUCUCUUUUAAUACAUGGGAGGAUCAGAGGGACGUUAAAGACCGUAAGGCUGGGUGGCUUGCAGAUAAUAAAAAUGAAAGUGACUGGCCGGUGAUUUCUGUUGGGUAAGAGGGUGAUAUUGGAAGGCUGUUGUCUGGUGAGGAAAAAGGGACCUUUUUAGUCUGCUGUGUGAUCAAUACAUAGCUAGCAAAAUCCGUUCAAGAAGUGAAAGAAGUUUAAAGAGUCACUUUGGAUUGCUUUUUGUCUUGCUCCUUAUUUGGAUUAUUUGGGAGUUUUUGUCCUGCAAAUAACGUGUUCUUGAACAUGUACAGGUGGAGCAUUAAGACAGCUGCCUAGAGAUGGACUGUGCCUUAAUUGUAUUACUUAAAAUCUUUUAAUUUUCAAACUUUGCUGCCGGAAGAGGAGUUACAAUAGGGUUUUUGUAUUGUCAAGGAGCAUUUUCUCUUGUAUUUUUAUAGAAUCAAAUAUAUUUUAAAGAAAUUGAAAGCAUCUCUUAAACAUCCGAAAAGCUUUUUUUCCCCCUUUUUUUCUUAUUUGUGGGAAACAUCGGAAAUCCAAUACAAGAAAAAACAGCAAGUAUUGCUGGAAAUGAAGACUGAAGCUGCAUUUCCUAACUGAACUGUAAAAGUGUUUUGCACUAGAUAGCCAGUUCCUGAUCUCGCACUGCUCCAUCGUUAAUACCUGUAAAUAAGUGCUUGCAACCAGAUUCAGAAGUAGGAAGAAGAAUGCCAGUCAAGAAGAAAGGUGGGCUAUGAAGCUUCCUAUCUCAUUUUGCAUCUCCAUUGUGUUAGAUUGUUGAUUUCUGCUACCUAUAGUAGUUUGAAAUUAAAAGAGCUUUGCUGGGGGAUUGAAAUUGUUUUUCUUCUGCGCUGAAAACAGGAGGAAAAUCUGUGCGCUUUACAGUAGGAAUGUUUAAAUGUCAUGGUUUUAAAUGUGUCCAGUCAAAUCUGGCCUUAAGUUUUUAUUUUGUAAAUAUCAGCCCUCAGAAAUCUUGAAGAGGCACCAAGGGGAGAGCUUGGUGCUUGUUGUUGUGAGAAGCCUCCCUUACAAACACUGAUGACUUUUCAAAUCAUGGCUUUAGUCUGUUUUCUAUUCUUUACGUGUUUGGUGGGUAAAGAUCAGCCAUCAGAAGCAGGGUAAGCAAAUAACAAAAUUUCAGUGCUAUUUUUAAAUAAAAGUUCCAAAGUUGUGUUUUGAA